GGAAUAUGGAUUUUAUCGUUUUUUUUUUCUUGUGUAAGUGUGAAAAAUAUUGUUUAAAUCACUGCAUCGCUGUAAACUGGAAAGCAUACAUUACAAGUUCGGUGCCCUGACAUUUUUAUUUCACGAUAAUUUUCUGCUCUGAUUUACGCUGUUUUUUUCAUUUUCGGACAUUAAAAAAAGAUUUUUGUGUACGAACUUACGGAAUUAACUUUGCGACUUGUGGAAUGCGAACAAUUAUUUUACAUUACGUUUAGCUGAUAUUUUCAUAUAAAAUUUUUUGACAACACAAAAUUUGGUUACAAAAAUUAUUUUCAAAGUCGAGAUAUGGAAAACUAAAAUUCACUUUCAAGACAAACAAAAAAGCACAAAUAACCAUUUCAAAACCACGCAAAUGGGAAUUUUAUUUACCAUUUUAUGUUUAACUUCGGUUAUCAAUUUUAUUGCCGGCGUUCGAUCUAAACAAAGGUUUCCACUCAACCCUAAACGAUAAUAAACCUAAAAAACACCUCCGAUUUCACAAACCGACGCGUAUGGCAAAACCACGAUCAUUAAAACAAUUUUAUAACGCUUUUACAGACGGACUACCGAAUUACUAAUAAUAAAACACACGCGCGCUAACUCCUGUCACAGUACGAAGGCCCGAGGCUAUCAAAAUCAAGUUUACGUCUAUCUCCUGAACAAAGAGCAGUAAAAUAUCGCGAAACGAAACAUAGUAGGUUUGUGGCGAGAGCCAGUGGUCGAGUGAACGCUUUCUGUUUAACAACCCCGUUGUCUCGAGUCCUCCAUUCUUACGUCACCUCACCCCAUACGAUACAGCCCACCGAUUGGCCAGUUCGCUUUGGCGCGCUUUCUACAACCAAAAUCUAAAAUGCACACUAUCGUCUCUUCCCCUUCCACUAAGGGAGGGUUUUGUAUCAUUGAAACGAGAGAGACACACUUUGUCGAUUACUGUUGUAACAUGAUGUAAUCUGAUUGAAAAGAGAUAGACAUAUUCAGAAUUAGAAAGGGAGAAAGGGACGGGGAGAACAGUGUGGACGCUGAUUGUAGUAGUGGAGUGCGAAGGGAGCGUGCUACCGUGCGUUCCACUAUUUAUAAUCAAAUGGGUUUCGUUGGUGUGCGUGUGUGCACACGUUAUGCACCACACAAACACAAGGGGACGCGUCGAGCGAGGCAAUGAUGUGCACGAAGUAUUAUCCCUUAUUACACGAUUCGCUUCCGCGCCGGCCGCACGUGCAAUAGUCGUCUGUCGACCUCUUUUGUAGAGCGGCGUGCGAAGUCAGUUUGUUUACAUCGGUUAGCCGCAGCGAUGCAUAGUGCGUUAGUUAGCGCGAUUGUGUCAUCGACCGUGCGCUGGUUACACCUAAAUUGCGAGUGAUUUACGGACAAUGCACCGCAUGAGUUUUUGCGGCCAAAACUUUUUGUGAACUUGUGAACUUUUGAGGUCGGAACUUUACCUGUGAUCUCAUUAUCGCCAAAUUGAACUGUGUAUAUUUUUAUUUCGGACCUUGUGCCAUUUGGUGUGUCAAAGUGAACUUUUUCGAGUGAUAUUUUCAAGAAAUUGACUUUCAUAAAAUUUUCGUCGCGUAAAUUUUUGUACCACUUGAAGACUUUUCUGAAUUGUCGGAGAGAGAUAUUCUGAUCUGAAAAAUAUUUUUGGACGAAAAUCUUUGAAAAAUUUGGAAUAACUUUUUUGACUGAUUCAAAAUUUUUACAAAGUUGAAGAUUUGCAUUCAAAGGCGGAGAGGAGUUAAACACAAACAGGGACACAGUAUUUAUGCAUAACAAACAUACAGAUAUCUGUCCACGUUUCUUCCGUAGAAAAAGACGUUGCGAGAAACAAAGAUGGCUAUAGCAUUCAACUUACCGAGUGAAAGAGAGGCAACAGAGGAGAACUUUUCGCGGCUGAACCGGCUCCUAGCCGAGCUGUACGAAGUUCUAUGCCACAUCUUGGUAUCUCGACAGCCUGGGCAAGAAGUCCAGGAGAAUAGGCGAGAACGCCCAUAUUCCGAAUCGGACAUCCCACAACCAUCGACCCAAAUCCAGCAGUGUCGCCGAUCAGCAUCGUCACCACCGCUCACUCUAACCCUCGAUUCAGACCUCGAAGACGAUGUCUUUGCUCCAAGAUCUGAUAGAACCAACGACUUAUUUUCCACUAGGAACUUAGACAUCUUCGGCUAUGGAAGUCCUAGGACACCAGCUGGAGUGCUUCUAAGUCCUAGGAGGGAGAGGACGUUCAGCUUUUCAAUGACCAGUGAGAAACACUGGAGGGAUAAGGGAGGAACAGAUGUUGCUGAUGGAGUGACUCCUGGUGAAUUGAGUGACGCUGAAUGCGAUAGAGAUAAUAUGGAUGAGACGGACGCCCCAAAAGCUGAAGAGAAGGAGCCAGAAGGAUCUAUAUUCUCUUCUAUAAUUCCUGACAAGCUCUCCGGGUCUAUCUGCACAGCUGUACUCUUCAUGCUAGGGUGGAAGCUGUUCUCCAAUAAACGGUGAACUUAUUACAGAAGAGGUGUUGUGAAGGGAUUUUUAUAUAGGCAAUGUAUUAUUAAAAUAUGUGAUUUUGUGUAUUAUUCUAUAUUCAAGUAUUAUUAAAAUUAUUUUGGGUCAGCUUUUUCUAAAAUUCUGAUGUUGAAAAUAAUGUUUUAAUUUUAUUUUCAAAAUUGUAAUUUAUGUUUAUGUUUUGUAAAAUUAUGGAUAUCGUGUAUUUUAAUAAUACAUUGUCUUUUCAUAUAAUUAAGCGUACGACGAAUAAAUUUGAAUGUUAUUCUCUGCGCUACGCUUUUUGCAAUUUGUACAUUUUAUACGGAUUAUUAAAAUAAUCCCAAUUUUGUAUUAUUAUUAGACGUAAUAAUACACGGCUUUAAAAUAUAAAGUUGUGUGUUUGUGUAUCGUCUGUCGAACGCACACAUGUAUAAUAUACGUAGUGAUUUUAUAAAUAAAAUGUUUGGUCCAUAGCAAAAAUGCUGCUUUAAUAUAAUGGCACUGAAAUGGCUACUAUUAUGUAUUAUUAUUUUAAUCAAAAAUAUUUUUGUAACACAAUGAAAAACUAACACUUUUAUGAUAAAUUAUAAAAAAAAACUUCAAAUGAUUUCUCUCAAGCUUUGUAGGUUAUUAUGAAUAUUUGAAGCUAGCACAAUUUGCACAAAAAUAUGUCAAUUUAAUAAAAUAUGCUGUUGUAGUAUAUGCCUAAAGAACAUUAUUAAAUAACAUUCCGCUUUCGAUGUAUCUAUCCAUAAAUAUCUCAUUAAUAUAAGUAAUAAAUACGAUAAGAAUUUUUAUAUAUUAUUCAGAAGAAUGGACCAGCGAUGUUAUAGAAAAAUAGAUUUUAUUUAAAACAAGAAAUAAAGUCCGUUUUCCGAUAAAUUGUUCCAAAGAGAGCAGCCUAAAAAUUAUUAUCGAUUGAUCUCAUUUUUUUAUUUUCGUGUGUAAUGGAAAUGUUUAUAUUAAUAAAUAUUUUAGAGUUAGACCACGCAUGGUGAGUGCCAAGUUAAUCAAUGGAGAUUUUAUGAGAUGGUAUAUUUUCAUAGUUAUUAUCAUUAAUUGUAUAUAAGUUAAUUAAGGUUGAUUGAUAAGCUCUGUCAUGUCGGCUCGUAAAACAAUUAGUAAAUCACGUUCAUUAUUUUUGAAUGAUGAAUAGAUGCAUUGGCAUCAAUUUGUAAUGUAAAUUUUACAAAAUGGAUGAUCAAAAUUGGAUAAGUUAGUGUAAUUUUAAAUUAGUUUGUAUUUGAACACAUUGGUUUUUUUGAGGAACGAAUUGAAAUUCGUCAUUGAGUGCAGUUUUUUUUUAAUAUAUUAGUGUUGAUUUUGUUAAGUACACAAUAAUUACAACAUGCUUUGUUAUUCUCACAUAUACUGCCAAGAACGACAUUGAUAUAUUUUUUGUCACAAAUAAAUAGUUGGAUACACGACAGAGAGGUCUUGAAGGAUAUUUUUCUUAGAUUUAUCGAUAAUAGUACCUAAGUAAAGUAAAAUACUCCAUUUAGUUUUGCUAGCUGCUAACUCAUACCGAUAAGUUACAUACGAGGCUUUGAAUAAAAAAUACAGUUCAAUUACAAUUAAAAAAUACAAAAAUACAUUUCAGUUACAAUAUAACCAUUAAAAGUAAAUUAAAAUUCCAGGUUUUAAAUGGCUAUUUUUAGUUUCGUGAUAAAAAUGGGAACAAAAAAGCAUUUUGGGAACAAUAUAAUAAUUUACCGUUUAUUUUUAUCACUCCGAAGUUUUUUAAGAUAUUU